CAAAAAAAAAGGAGGGGGGUGUGGAGCGGCAACAUUCGUAGUUAAGUGAACUUAGAGGACUAGCAAUACAAAUUGGAGCCGAGAAAAGGCCAAAAGAGGGGCAAAUGUCACACUACCUAAAACCCUACUUCCUCCUGCUACUUCUUUAAAUCCGCCGUAUAUCACUCUCUACAACCGAAAAGCCCGAAAGCAAAAAAUCUCUACCUCGCGAUGGCAAGCACAACAGAGCCUAAAUUGGAGAAGAAAGAAGUAGAAGAAAAUCCAACUGCUGACGAUGAAGAUACUGGUGCACAAGUUGCUCCCAUUGUUAGGCUACAAGAAGUUGCUGUCUCCACUGGUGAAGAAAAUGAACAUGUUCUUCUUGAUCUGAAGUCAAAGUUAUACCGAUUUGAUAAGGAAGGGAGUCAAUGGAAAGAGAGAGGUGUUGGGACUGUGAAGCUUCUCAAGCACAAGGACACUGGAAAGGUGCGGCUUGUGAUGAGACAAUCCAAAACACUGAAAAUCUGUGCCAACCACUUGGUCCUUCCUACCAUGUCGAUUCAAGAACAUGCUGGGAAUGAGAAGUCUUGUGUGUGGCAUGCUGCUGAUUUUGCUGAUGGGGAGCUAAAAGAGGAGACUUUUUGCAUUCGUUUUGCUUCAAUUGAGAAUUGCAAAGUUUUCAAAGAUAAGGUUGAAGAAAUCGCUGAAUCUCAACAGACGAAAUCUGGAGAAAGUGAAGAAGCUGGUGCUGCUGCUACUGAACUAAUCGAAAAGCUUAGUGUUGAAAGCAAAGAUGAAAACGACAAGUCUGAAGACAAAGAGGCUCCUGCUGCAGCUACAGAGGAAAAGGAAGAUAAGAAGGAAUAGAAUGCUGAUGAGAAGAAUUAAAAUGUUUGGAUUUGUCGGUCAAGAGUUUUCUUUUUUGAAAGGUUUAUAGAAUUCAUUGUUUGUCUGACCCCUAUAGAUAUGAUAGAUAUAAGCAAUAUGUCUCUUGUGGUCUUAUUUGUUGUGUUGUUAUGGUUUGGAUUCUUAUUCGGGUCUAAGGGUCGAGUGCAGGCAUCAUGUUUUAUUAUGGCCUUUGGUGUUUUGUUGUACUUAUUGUGAGUUUGCAAAUUUUGGUCCACAGGGUACACUACCCAAUAUUAGGAAUUACGUGAUUUAUAA